AUGGUGGAGAGAGAUCAAAACAAGAAGGCCCGAUUAAAACAAAGGAAAGGGCACUUAACGUCUACUCAAUCUGGCGCUUAUUCUAAUGCCAGUGUGCCUUUUGGUAGACAAGGACAGCGAACUAAUAAUAAUCAAAGCAGAUUUUCUCAGGGUAGUAAUCGACCAGCUAUGUGGGAGGAUAGUAUUUGUCAUCGCCGUAGGAUUAAAGGCCACAUUAAGAGAGACUGCCAAAAAUGGCUACGUGAGAUGGCUAAUUUAUCCAAUCAGAAGAAUGAUUCACCUGCUUCUACUUCUGUUAUGCAUUUGCCUGUUGGCAAUGCUGCUAAGAAUCAGAAUGCCCAUGGUAAUGGUAAAGGAAAGGAAGUUGCCAACACUUCUAAUGAGGGAACAACUCGACUUUAUGGGUUGACUUAUAGGGAGGCAGCUGAAGCCUCUGAUGCUGUGGUUACAGUUAGUGAUUAUCCCAAGGUGUUUCCCGAAGAUCUUCUCGGUAUUCCUCCUGAUAGAGUCAUUGAUUUUGGGAUUGAUGUUAUUCCCGACACCCAACAAAUUUCUAUUCCUCCAUAUCGUAUGGCUCUAGCGAAGCUAAGGGAAUUAAAGGACCAAUUAAAGGACUUGUUGGAUAAAGGCCAUGUGGUGUCCAGCGACGAUAUUAAGGUUGACUCUCAGAAAAUUUCAGCAGUGAAGGAUUGGCCUAGACCCGCGAGUGUGACUGAUAUUCGUAGUUCCUUGGGUUUGGCUAACUAUUACAGAAAGUUUGUGAAAGGCUUUUCAUCAAUAGCCUCACCAUUCACUAAGUUGAUGCAAAAGGCUGCUAAGUUUCAGUGGUCUGAAGCUUGUGAAAAGAGUUUCCAGGAGCUUAAGGCGAGGUUGACUUCGGCUCUUAUGUGGUGUAUUGUGAUGCCUCUAGGAUUGAGUUGGGAUAUUUGGCGUCACUACUUGUAUGGUAAGCAUUGUGAUGUUUUCACUAAUCACAAGAGUCUACAAUAUAUUUUCAAGCAGCGAGAGUUUAAUCUCAAACAAAGGAGAUGGUUGGAGUUAUUUAAAGAUUAUGACUUGAAUAUCUUGUAUCAUCCGGGUAAGGCGAAUGUGAUUGUUGAUGCUCUGAGUAGAAAGUCUAUGGGCACAUUGGCAUAUUUGCGUGCACAUGACAUGCCUAUGGGAAGGAAAAUUCGAAGACUUGCUAGUCCUAGUGUUAGACUUGAUUAA